GUAGCUAGGUUUGAAGAUACAGAUUAUUAGGCAUUCUACAGAGUUUAUUUUGAAAGUCUUGAACAUGGUAUUGCGUUUACGAACUUGACUGUAGCCUACUGUUGCUACUUCAGUGCAGCGAUGUCUGCGUUGCUUUGCCUCGUAGCUGGAGCACUUUGCUUUUAUGUGAUAGUGUAUUACGGUGUAUUCAGAGGCGCUAGGUGCUCCAGUUUAGUGAAGCUGAAUGGGAAGACGGCCAUUGUUACAGGAAGCAACACUGGCAUCGGCAAGGCCGCGGCUCUGGAUCUGGCAAAGAGAGGAGCCAGGGUGAUCCUCGCCUGCCGCAACAAGGACAAAGCUGAGGCUGCUGCUUUUGACAUUCGUACAGAGAGCGGGAACAACCAGGUGGUGUUCAUGCCGUUGGAUCUCGCGAGUUUCAAGUCUGUUCGCAGCUUUGCUGAAACCUUCCUGAAGACUGAGCCCAGACUGGACAUCCUCAUCAACAACGCAGGUGUGAUGGGUCCAGGACAUACUGAGGAUGGUUUUGGCAUGGCGUUUGGGGUAAACCACCUGGGUCACUUCCUGCUCACCAACCUUCUCCUGAAGCAGCUGCAACAGUGUGGUCCCAGCCGUGUGGUCACCGUGGCUGCACUUCUGCACCGCUUUGGCAGAGCUGACUUCCCUCUGCUGGCGUCCAAGAACGACUCGGUGUCUGCUCAGUCUACCUGGCACAACCUUCAAGCCUACUGCAACAGCAAGCUGUGUAAUGUGCUCUUCACCAGGGAGCUGGCCAACAGACUGGAGGGCACCAGUGUCACCUGCUACAGCCUCCACCCAGGAGUGGUCUCCACAGAGCUGUGUCGCUGUAUGAGCCUCUGGCAGCAGCUCCUCCUGAAGCCCUUGGCCAAGCUCUUCUUCCUGGAUCCAGAGGGGGGGUCCCAGACCACCCUGCACUGUGCCCUGCAGGAGGGCCUCGAGCCCCUCAGCGGACGCUACUUCUCCAACUGUGCACUGCAACAAGUGGGAGCCAAGGGACGGGAUGACGCCCUGGCUAAGAAGCUGUGGGAAGUGAGUGAGAGGUUAACCCGUUUGUCGUAACAGACUAAAUCCUAAUCCAGAGAGAUCGCUCGGUGCCUUAUCAGAGACCUCUUCAGGCCUCCAGUGUCAGUGUCUUAUUGUUGGUCUGGCUGGUGUCCUAUGGUCUGAUACAUAUAUCAGGUAGUGAACAUAAAGCAGUGCAAUGUGUUACUAUUUCUGUUAUCUGCAUAGCCUUACAUAUGUGCCUACUGUUGAUUAAAUAACCACAAAGAUGUCAUGAUUGCAUUUUCUUACUGAAGUGUUACUCCGGCCAGUAUGAAGAAGAUAACUGCUUUCAAUAAAUGCUCCAUCAGACCAGAAAGUGGCCCAGCUAA